AUGCGUCGGCGGAGAUCAGAUGAAUUGCCGCGGUAUGCAGAAGAGAGUGAAUGGUCAUCGUUCCGCCUACGCCGCCGUUACGCAUACUACGCUGUUGCCUUUCUCGUCAUCUGCUGGAUCCUCUACCCAUCGCGUCAGGCGAAAGCUGAGGCUGACCAUGUCCAAGUCAACUGGAAAUACUAUGCUUACAGCGUGUACGCAACCGAUACAGCGAGCCUUUGUCAUGCCGUCAUGAUUCUCGACGCGCUCGCUCGAUUCGGGAGCAAGGCAGACCGCGUCCUCUUCUACCCUGAGCACUGGGAUACCAAAGUGGAUAGCUCCAAGGAUCGAGACAGUCAAUUGCUCAUUUUGGCACGCGAUACCUACAAAGCGAAGCUUUAUCCCGUCAAGCCGCUUCAGGUGGCAGGUCGUACACAGGGAGAUUGGGUAUGGGAUGAGACGGUAACCAAGUUCAUGGCCUUCUCCCUUGAGUACUACGAUCGCGUAAUCGCCCUAGAAUCGGAUUUGACGCUUCUUGACUCCCUUGACGAGCUCUUCCUCCUCCCUUCGACGCCGAUAGCAAUGCCGCGCGCGUACGGGACUGAUAGCAAGCCAUGGCCCUUGUCGUCAACACUCAUGGUUAUCAAACCGAAUCCGAGAGAACUGGAGAUUUUCAAAAGGCGUAUGGAAGGGGGAGGGGACAGUGCACUGGUACAGAUGCACAGGUUCGACAUGGAGAUCCUCAACGAACGAUACGAGGAGAGCGCACUGGUACUCCCACACCGACCUUACGCUCUACGCACGGCCGAAUUUAGACGUCACGACCACACCGACUAUCUCGGCGAUCCGAACGAGCUAUGGGAUGCCGAAAAGAUCUACAAAGAGGCCAAGUUGGUCCAAUUUAGUGACCGCCCGCUGCCGCCGCCGUGGUUCAUGUGGCCUCAGAAGGGAGUCGAAGAGACCCAACCGGAUUGCGGCGGCAGUCAUGAAGGCACUUGUGCAGAGAGACGCAUUUGGAAGAACUUGUACGAUGACUUCAGACAUCGGCGGCGAAAUGUUUGCAAACUGCUGAGUGCGCCUGCACCCGAUUGGGAUCAGAUCAAAGCGAGCCAAUAUCACGAGAACGUUACAGAGCCUACGGUUGCAGCGUCGCUCGCAACUGCUACUUCUACUGGCUCUCUUCCGAGCAACUAA